CUGGGGUUUAAAGUUGCCUUUACAUGCUGAUCUGCGGUCUGUUAUUUAAACAUCUCCCCCGAGACUUUGGCCAAAACUGGUACUGAACAAACCGAUACCAAGUCAGCACUUACAGAUAGCCGCGUUCAUGAAAGCAGGAAGUGAAACUUGUCGCCACUGCGAUCAAAACUUUGACAUUAGGCGAACAGUUGCAAAUAUAGAAAUUCGCUCUUUCUCCUCGUUUUGCCAGCUAGCUAGCUAGCUAGUCCUCAGCGAUGGACAAGCUUCGUCGUGUGUUAAGCGGCCAAGAGGAAAAUGAAGAGUUGGGUCUUACUGCACAGGUAUUUGAUGCCAGCACUCUCAGCUACAGCACCAGGGUGAAAUGGUUUGUCAUCUGCUUUGCCGGAGGCAUCCUGUGUUCAAUACUUGGUACAGCUCUGCUGUUCGUUCCAAAUGGAAUCAAGCUUUUUGCCGUCUUCUACACGCUAGGAAAUGUCGCAGCUCUUUCCAGCACCUGCUUCCUAAUGGGACCCAUAAAACAGCUGAAGCGCAUGUUUGAAAAAACAAGACUGAUAGCCACCCUUGUUAUGCUGCUCUGCUUUGCCUUAACUCUUUGUGCAGUGUUUUGGUGGCAUAAAAAAGGGCUGGCUAUCAUCUUCUGUAUUCUGCAGUUUUUGGCAAUGACGUGGUAUAGCAUCUCUUACAUUCCAUUUGCCAGGGAUGCUGUGAUGAAAUGCUUCACAACCUGUCUGAGUUAGGACUCCUUAAUCCACAAUUUGGGAAGACUGGUCCUAAUAUUGAAACUGUAAGGAACAGUGGCUCUGUAAAAUAUGCAUCUUUUGUUGUUUAUACAAUAUAUCUCCAGAUUUUUACUAUGGCUUGUUCAAUACUGUGAAUCCUCGCUUUUUAAGUCUAACUGAAGGUCUAUAACUAUAAUCAGAUUAUAUCACUUAUCUUUUGCUUCUAAAGUGAAAGAAGUGCCUUUUAAUAUAUUUAAAAGAUUUUAUACCAAUUACUGUAAGUGCAGGGAAAUUAUUUUGACUUUGCUAUAAUUAACAACACAAGUGUCCUCAUAUGAAUGAAUAGGUUCGAUGUCGACAUUGACCAACCAUACAUGACAACCAUAUGCAUUUAACAGUGUGAAAUUCCAUUUUCCAUUUUUAAACGGUGUUCUGACUUCUUACAAGCAUCAUUAAAACAGUUGGCCUUUGCUCCUUCUGUCUGUGUGCGAGGCACUGAUACAUGAAGAGGCUCUCAGAUGCUAUUCCAGAUAGAUAGAUAGAUAGAUAGAUAGAUAGAUAGAUAGAUAGAUAGAUAGAUAGAUAGAUAGAUAGAUAGAAAGAAUUAUCUUAGGCAAAUGAGGCACUACUUCACUGAUGAUGCACUGGGAUAUAUGAUACCCACAGGUCUUUUGAGUUUAUCCAGCUAAAUAUAUUAAAAAGCAGCUCCUGUCUAGUCUGUUCAUCUGUAUGCGUGUUUGAACACACCUGCCCCCCCUUAGCUCAAUAAAUUACAUUAAAAUGACUUCUCCUCUUUAAAUUUGAUUUCCUGCCAGAUGAAGCAGUGACCCCCGUUAGUUGCGCUUUUCUGAGCAUUGUGAUUUUGAUGUGACCUAAUAACCCAGAAUAGCUUGCAUUGAGUUCCCUAUAUUGCUUUGGCAUGAUGGCAUAGCCUUUGAGGAUGCGGUUGUCAUGACAACCUCCCCUGGAAGAUGCCUAACCUCAGCCUUCCCCCCAUCUGUGGUGCAAUGUUCACAUUAUCCUGAGGAAGUGUGCUGUUUUAAUUUUAUAGAAUACCUUGGACCGGCAGUCAGUCAUUGUUAUAAAAAAAUAUAUUUUAAAAACUGUAUUAUGCAUCCUGUUUUCCUGUGUCUUAGCUGCAGGAUUUGUUCAAGGUUUAAUAUGCCUCCACGUUUUCUUUCUGCUUGAUGCGACUAAAUAACAGGAUUUCACUUCCUGUUGUGCAGCCCCCACAGCUUGAUUAGACGCUUGUAUAACGUGGUGGUGGAUUAGCACGGAUAAAAUCUCCCCUCUAUACUACUUGUUCAACUAACUUGGCAGACACCCAGCAAAUCCUUGAGCAAUUAAUCUAAGGGAUGAAAUAAUUCUGUUGAGUGAAGCUUGUUUUUGUGAUCGGUUUUCUUUGCCUGCUAUUUUUGGAUUACGGCAAAGUUUAAGGAUGGAGGGGAAGUACCCUGACCUCAGCAAGCAAUCUGUUAUUCUCCCAACUGUUUCCUUUUUUAUUACAUCUAAUCCAUUGUAAAGUCAGAGAGGAGAGGGAUCCCACGCCACAACAACCACUUAUUUAAAACAAGCCUGUGUUCCCCUUC